AUGAUUGUUAUAUUUGGUCAAUCUAAAAUAUUUAAACAAUCUGAAAAUAAAAAUAAAUUAUUUUUAAUAAUUUAUUUUAUAAUAUUAAAUUUUAUUAAAAUUGCUGAUUGUGGAUAUGUUACUAAGUAUGGAAUUGAAUAUGAUCAUAAAACUUUAAAUGAACUUUUUCCUGAUUUUAUGAAUAAAAAUGAUUAUUUAUCAAAGGAACCUAUUAAUAGUUUUGAAAAAUAUUCUAGUAUUAAUAGUAUUUCUCGUAAUAAAAGACAUAUCGUUUCCAAUGAAUCAACUAUUCCUGGAUGUAAUGAUGAUGCUGUCAUUCUUGGAUGGCUUUUAAAAGAUUAUAAUUGUUUACGAAUACCAGGUGAUGGUCAUGUUAAAGUUGAAGUUGAAAUAUGGAUUCAAGAAGUUUCAAAAAUAAUUGAAAUAACAUCUGAAUUUGAAGUUGAUUUAUAUGUAACAGAAAUGUGGAAUGAUCCUUCAUUAGCAUUUUCACAUUUAUUACCAUGUAAAUCAAAUAUGUCAGUUGAUGGUCCAACUGUUUUAGAACAAAUUUGGAAUCCACGAGGAUGUUUUAUUAAUUCAAAAGAUGCUAAAAUUCAUUCAAGUCCAGUAAAAAAUAUUUUUCUUCAAAUAUAUGAUAAUGGUAAUGUUUGGCAUAAUUAUAGAAUUAAAUUAACAGGUCCUUGUACAAAUGCAUUAAAAACUUUUCCUAUUGAUACACAAAAAUGUAGUUUAUUUUAUGAAAGUUUUAAUCAUAAUCUUGCUGAAGUUGAAAUGACAUGGACAUCAAAUCCAAUAUUAAUAUUAAAAGAAGUUAAAUUACCAGAUUACAUUUUAAUUGAUAAUUAUACAACUACUGUAAAACGUCUUUAUCCUCCUGGUAUUUGGAAUGAAUUAAUUGCAACAUUUACAUUUCAAAGAUUAUAUGGUUUUUAUAUACUUCAAGUUUAUGUUCCAGCAUAUAUUUCAGUUUUUAUUUCAUGGAUUUCUUUUUAUUUAGGAUCAGAAAAUGUUGCACCAAGAACAACUGUUGGUGUUAAUGCAUUAUUAGCUUUAACUUUUCAAUUUGGUUCUGUAGUCUCAAAUUUACCAAAAACUUCUGAUGUCAAAGCAAUAGAUGUAAUGAUAUUAAUAUGUAUGGCUUUCAUAUUUCUUAGUCUUAUUGAAUUAGCUUUGGUAGGAUAUUUAGCUCGUGGACCAAAAAAAGAAAGAAUUCGUAUUAAUUUAGCAUGGAUUUUUCCAUCAAUAAAACAAUAUUAUAUUACUGCUGGUCAAGUUGAUUUUAUUAGUGCUCUCAUGUUUCCAUCAACUUUUCUUGCUUUUAAUAUAUGGUAUUGGUUUUUUUUUCUUGGUCGAUUAAGAUAA